CCCCCAUCAUGGAGCCAAUUCCCAAUCAGAAACCGCGUUACAUCAUGACCAACAAUGCCACAGGCAGCAACAACUCUGCAAUUUACAUCCCAGUUGGCACAACCUGGGCUACAAGAGCUCAACUUCGUGCACAUUCCUUCCAUAAGGCCAAUACUGCUGGGAUAUAUGGGCGGGGUGGUCGGGCCGUCUCUAUUGUGGCGUCUGGCGGAUAUCCUGAUGAGGAUCAUGGUGACAUUCUGAUUUAUACUGGCACUGGUGGCAAGGAGAAUACUCGUUUUGGAGAUGGUCCACAGGUUGAAGAUCAAAAAUUCAGCCACCCCCAUAACAAAUGGCUUAGGAGUGCAAUGUAUAGACAAACUCCAGUCCAUGUCAUCCGUGGCAAGAACAGCAACAGUCUCUGGGCACCAGAAGAUGGAUAUUGUUAUGAUGGCAAGUAUCUUGUUACUGAUGCCUAUAUGGACAAGAGUCCAGAGGAUGGACAGUUCAUGCUUUGCAAGUUCCGCUUAGAGCGUGUUCCAGGCCAGCCACAGUUAACAAAGAACAGGGAAAUGUAAUCUUCAAUCAAUAACUUCAGUAUCAUGGUUGAAAAGAUCAGUGUGACAAACAACCCAAAAUAAGAGUUGAGAAGAAAAGUUUAUUGUAGGAUCAGAGAAUACAAUACUCAGGUCCAAGUCAUAUCUAAAAUAGUAUCGCGGGAGGCCGCUGGGUGCUCGCGAAGAAGACAGCGCACGUCAAUUUUGAUUCGGAUAUCUACGAGCCCAGUUGUCAAAUCUAUACUGGAGGUUCUUGCCUCCGAGAUUCUUUACUCUAGAAUAGUCAAA